CCGGGAGGUUCUGCCAAUUGAAAUAGCUCAGUAACAGCAGCGAGCCAGAGAACCGAGCCUGCCUCUAUGUCAGGGCCACUUACCUGCAAGGUGCGCAACGAAGAUGAUGACCAUGAACGGCAAGCAGCAUUUCUCUAUGCACCCGGUGCUGCAGGAGCCCAAAUACUCUGGCCUGCACGCGAGUUCGGAAGGCAUGCGCAGGGUGUGUCUGCCUGCCCCGCAGCUUCAGGGCAAUAUAUUCGGUUGCUUUGAUGAGAGUCCACUGGCACGCGCGGAAGCUCUGGCGGCUGCUGACAUUGUCUCUCACGGCAAGAGUCACCCUUUCAAGCCUGACGUGACUUACCAUACCAUGAGUAGUGUCCCCUGCAACCCCAACUCCUCUACGGUGCCCAUCACCCACUCCACCACCCUGACCCCUCACCACCACCACCACCACCUCAACCAGAGCUUGGAGGGGGAUCUCCUGGAUCACAUCUCGUCCAGUCUCUCUGUGAGCGGGAUGGGGGCUCCGGAUUCCUCUAUGAUGGCCACUCAAGCCCACCAGCACCACCUCCAGACCAUGGGUCACCUUCACCAAGCUAUGGGCAUUGGUCAUCCGCACUCCUUGUCUGUGCACAACGGAAUGUCGUGUGUCAACGACGUGGAGUCGGAUCCUAGGGAGCUGGAAGCCUUCGCUGAGCGGUUCAAACAACGUAGGAUAAAGCUCGGGGUGACCCAGGCGGACGUUGGCUCAGCUCUCGCCAACCUGAAGAUACCUGGGGUGGGCUCUCUCAGCCAGAGCACUAUCUGCCGGUUCGAGUCCCUCACCCUCUCUCACAAUAAUAUGAUUGCGCUAAAACCUGUCCUCCAAGCCUGGCUCGAGGAGGCUGAGGCUGCUUACCGGGAGAAAAACAGCAAGCCAGACCUUUUCAAUGGCAACGAACGCAAACGAAAACGCACGUCGAUAGCCGCACCUGAGAAACGAUCUUUGGAGGCAUAUUUUGCUAUCCAGCCCCGUCCCUCUUCGGAAAAAAUCGCUGCAAUUGCUGAAAAACUGGACCUUAAAAAGAACGUGGUUCGUGUGUGGUUUUGCAACCAACGGCAAAAACAGAAAAGGAUGAAAUAUUCUGCUGUGCAUUAGUUCAAAUAAUGCCUAAAAUACGACAUUUUGAACAGAUAACGGGGAUCUAUCAACAUCUCAUGCCUGACUGGAAUUUACUACUGAGACUCUAUAGGAUUUAUUUACAUUUCAAUUAUUUCGUUCACUUUUUUGUCCUGUUGUUUAGUUUGGAAUUAAACGUAUCGUGCUAAAGGUCUCUUGGAGGAAAUGUUCGUUGUUGAUUUUGUGACUGUCUAUGACACCUCUUCAAUCACAGAACUAAACUAUAGGGCCUAACAAAUAGAGGGAGAAAAUGACUUCUCUCUCGUGUGAUAUGUCCUGUUGAAUGAUCAUAAAACCUGUUAGUUGUUUGGACAAUUUAAUCAAUUACACUAACCAUUUUGACGUUUAGGAUUCAUAUUUAAGAUGGAAUGAAUGUGUGUUCACUGCAUAGGGGUAACACAACCACCAAAAAAAAUUAUAAUAAAUGUGCUCUCUUUGUGAACUAGUUGAACUUUAUUUACCGUUAUGUGUAAACGAGGCAAAUACUAUUCACAUUAUUUAUGACGCAACACGAGUUGAUUUUUUUAAUAGGCUAGUUUUAAAUAAGGCAUGUCAAACCGGAAUAUUUUGUCAUGGACUAUUUUGAUGUGAAAAAUGUAAAACAGUUUGGAGUAUCACUGAAAUACUAUGAGUAUUUUUCUUCACUCUU